AUGGGAUCAGAAACGGUGUCGUUUAAGUGGGAAGGCAAACAUGCAGCUCAAGUCAACGGCGUCACGGCGGAGCAAGUCUGGUCGGUUGUUUCCGACUUCUGCAACAUCCACGAGUGGUUCCCAACUAUUGACACGUGUCACCGUGUCCAAGGAACCGAUGGUCAGCCAGGUCUGAUCCGUUACUGCGCCACGACCAAAACCAACGAAGCAGAAACCUUGUGGGCCAAAGAACGUUUGGUCAUGAUCGAUCCAAUAGGACGGUGUUUGAGCUAUGAGGUCAUUGAGAAUAACGUAGGGUUUAGAACCUACGUGGCUACGGUCAGAGUAAUGCAAGUGGACGAUGAUGAUCAAGUUUGUCGUAUUGAGUGGUCGUUUGUGUCCGAUCCUGUUGAUGGUUGGAAGAAGGAAGAUCUUGAAUCCUACGUGGAUUUUUGUCUUAAGCAUAUGGUGAAUAAAAUGGAACUAAAUCUGUAA